CUCUUCAGUAAACCCCUGUCUUCUACUGUUGCAUUGCUGAAUCGAUUGAUAAUGGCAGGGUUGAUGAGGGAACAGGACCAGUACAUGCCGAUCGCGAACGUGAUAAGGAUUAUGCGAAGGACUCUUCCACCGCAGGCCAAAAUCUCCGACGAGGCGAAGGAGACGAUUCAAGAGUGCGUGUCGGAGUUCAUCAGCUUCGUUACUUCCGAAGCUAAUGAGCGGUGCCAGAAGGAGCAGAGGAAGACGGUGAGCGCAGAGGACGUGCUUUGGGCGUUUGGGAAGCUUGGCUUCGAUGACUACCUUCUCCCUCUCACCCUUUUCCUUCACCGCUACCGUCACACUGAAGGCGGACUUGUCAUGCCACCACCGCCACCGCUGCCGCAGCCAGCGCCAGGGUACUACUACAGGGAUGAUGAUGCCUCUGCUUCUGGCUCUUCAAUUGCACCAUUUGAUUCUCUUUUUCACCUAAAGCGUGAUCCUGAUGAUUUGAUUUGAUGUGAGAAAUUAGUUUAAGAGAAAAACCAAUGCAUGCAGAU